AUGACCUCUGUAUCUGUACCACCUCCAUAUACUGGUGAAAAACCAAUGAAUUAUCAACAAGUACUACCACAGCCAGUCUAUGUAACACAGCCGGUAUAUGUCGGAGCUCCACUUGGCAUUUUAGCCAGUCAUCCAAUGCAAUGUACAUGCCCUCAUUGCAGACUCCAGAUUGUUACACGAACAGAAUCGAAGAUUGGUCUUUUAACUUGGCUUCUCUGUUGUGGUCUUCUUUUCUUUGGUUUAUGGCCUUGCGCAUUUAUACCAUUUUGCGUUGAUGAGUGCAAAGAUACAGUACAUUAUUGCCCAAAUUGCAGUGCAGUACUUGGAGUUGGCAAAAAAUUAUAA